AUGGAUUCUGUAACAUUCGUUUUUGCUUUAGCUACGGAGCAGGAACGACAGACAGAGGUACUUAAAACCCAAAACCAAAAUCAGCUCGAAAAAUAUCGUAGUUCAAUUCAAAAGCAAAAGGAAAAAGAAAAAGCAUUUCUGUCAUUUAAGAAAGUGAAAUUUCUCUCGAGGCAAGAGGCUAAAUUAGAUGGAAAGCGAUCCGCAUCUGCUCGCGCCCACAUAGGAGACCGUCUUCCUGCAAUAUCCCAAAAACCGACGCCAAAAAAAUGGUUUCUUGGAGAAAUUAAUAAAAAAGAUCACUCCACAACAUCUAUCGACCGUCAAACAAUGCGCUUGGGAAUAAAACUUGCUUCAAAACCAAAUACUUCUGAGACAAGUUCGGAAGAAGAUAGGAAACCUUAUUUCAUCACAUUGACAGGAUCGGUUGGAAUUCUAAAGAGCUCUGCAACGAAUGAUAACAGGGAACGUAAAAUGGUUCAUUUUGACGAAGAUGCGAAGUUACUGUCAGUAAGAUCCAUUCCAAAAUCCAAGAAAACAUCCACGGAUGACUCGCUAAAAGAAAUUGAAAACGAAAGGUUUGGGAAAGGAAUGACUUUACAGAAAUGCGAGAGGAGAUUAGUGAAAAACAUCCGCAGAGGCAAAGUCUCCGAUGUUUACAGUCGUGUUAAAUGUGAAGACCGAUCCACUAACGAUCAUUCCCGAAGUCCUUAUUUACAAAAAUUUCAAAAAGCUGAAGAUACGGUCACACCGACCGCUGCUAGCUGGGCCGUGGUUGCUCGGUUAAUUGGGCUGAAAAUGAAAUUCAAAAGACGUCAACUGCAUGGCACUUUCCAGGCACCCGAGUUGGAAGUAUUGGAUCCAUCGUUAAAUACGAACAGGAAGACUGACAAGGAUAAAUCUUCAGAUCCUUGGGUAGGGGUCAAAGAUUGCAGAUACCUAAGGCUCCCUAACAGAAAAUGA